AUGCCAGCCGCAAUCUUGCCUCGGGAGAGAGGGAUGAUGGUCAUCUGGGGAGAGGUCCAAGACAAGUCCAUCGACGAAGAAGAUCUCAACGAAUGGUGGACCUAUGAGCACCUCCCGGAGCGUCUCGCCAUCCCGGGCUUUCGACGAGCUCGUCGCUACUACUCGGUUGAGGAUGCCAAAUCGCAGUACCUGGUCUGCUACGAGGUCACCUCGGUGGACGUCUUCACCUCGCCCGCGUACAUGGACGCGCUGAACAACCCCACGCCCGGCACCCAGCGAAACAUGCCCUUGAUGGCGUCCAUGAACCGUCUGGUGUGUCGCGUCGGCCAGUCUUGUUCGCGGCCCGAGUUUGGCCAGUCCUCUACAUCAGGAUCGGGCGCCACGGUAGUGCUCAUCACCUUCCAGCCUCCCGCGUCGCAGGGACAGAGGGAUGAGCUGGGUGGUUGGAUCGCAGAAACCGUCUGGCCGAGCCUGUCGAGCCAGCACCAGAGUCUCCUGGCCAUUCACCUCCUCCAAUACGACCGGUAUGCUUCACAGUCAGGAAGCUCGACCAAGUCAUACGAGAAAGCCAGCUUUCAAUCUGCAGAAACGCCGGAGAGAUGGGUCAUCCUGGUCGAGUUGGCCGAAACCAUGGCGGCCCCGUUUGCCAAACACCGGGUGAUAACUCAGAGCAUUGUCCAGCAGCUGAAGAUAUUCGCGGGAGAGAUUGAGUCUCGGGCAUUUGGACUCAUCUGUGCGUUGGGCCAACAGUGA